GCAGCUGGGGCCAGCGGUGCCAAGUGCAGCUGGACCAACGGUGGCAGCUGGGCGAGUGACAGCCGCAGCUAGGCGCGCUAGGCAGCCAGAGCGGCGCAGGGACGCGCCCUGGCCCUGCAGCAGAAGCGGCCACCUUCCCCGCGCCUCCCAGCCGCAGCCGGUGCCCCACGCCCCCGGCCACCCAUCCCCAUCACGGGCUCCCGAGCCCCGCGCGCAAGAUGGCUGACCCGGCUGCGGGGCCGCCAGCCGAGGGUGAAGAGAGCACCGUGCGCUUUGCCCGCAAAGGCGCCCUUCGGCAGAAGAACGUGCACGAGGUGAAGAACCACAAAUUCACCGCCCGCUUCUUCAAGCAGCCUACCUUCUGCAGCCACUGCACCGACUUCAUCUGGGGCUUCGGGAAGCAAGGAUUCCAGUGCCAAGUCUGCUGUUUUGUUGUACACAAGCGUUGCCAUGAAUUUGUCACUUUCUCCUGCCCAGGCGCUGACAAGGGUCCAGCCUCUGAUGACCCCCGGAGCAAGCACAAGUUUAAGAUCCACACUUACUCCAGCCCCACGUUCUGCGACCACUGUGGGUCGCUGCUGUACGGACUCAUCCACCAGGGCAUGAAAUGUGACACCUGCAUGAUGAACGUCCACAAACGCUGCGUGAUGAACGUCCCCAGCCUGUGCGGCACAGACCACACGGAGCGCCGAGGCCGGAUCUACAUCCAGGCGCACAUCGAGAGGGACAUCCUCAUCGUGGUUGGUAGAUGCUAAAAAAAACUUGUACCUAUGGACCCCAACGGCUUAUCAGAUCCCUACGUGAAACUGAAACUCAUUCCUGACCCCAAAAGUGAGAGCAAACAGAAGACCAAAACAAUCAAGUGCUCCCUCAACCCUGAGUGGAACGAGACAUUCAAAUUCCAGCUGAAAGAAUCGGACAAAGACAGGAGGCUGUCUGUGGAGAUUUGGGAUUGGGAUCUGACCAGCCGGAACGACUUCAUGGGAUCUCUGUCGUUUGGGAUUUCUGAACUGCAGAAAGCUGGUGUUGAUGGCUGGUUUAAGCUGCUAAGCCAGGAGGAGGGCGAGUAUUUUAAUGUGCCCGUGCCACCGGAAGGAGGCGAGGGCAAUGAGGAACUGCGGCAGAAAUUUGAGAGAGCCAAGAUCGGCCAGGGAACCAAGGCUCCGGAAGAAAAGACGACCAACACCAUAGCCAAAUUUGACAACAAUGGGAACAGGGACCGGAUGAAGCUGAGUGAUUUUAACUUCCUGAUGGUGCUUGGGAAAGGCAGCUUUGGCAAGGUCAUGCUUUCAGAGCGCAAAGGCACAGAUGAGCUCUAUGCCGUGAAGAUCCUGAAAAAGGAUGUUGUCAUCCAAGACGAUGAUGUGGAAUGUACCAUGGUGGAGAAGCGUGUGCUGGCCCUGCCUGGGAAGCCGCCGUUCCUGACCCAGCUGCACUCCUGCUUCCAGACUAUGGACCGCCUGUACUUUGUGAUGGAAUACGUGAAUGGUGGUGACCUCAUGUACCACAUCCAGCAGGUUGGCCGGUUUAAGGAGCCUCACGCUGUAUUUUAUGCUGCAGAAAUUGCCAUCGGUUUGUUCUUCUUACAGAGCAAGGGCAUCAUUUACCGUGACCUAAAACUUGACAACGUGAUGCUGGAUUCUGAGGGCCAUAUCAAGAUCGCUGAUUUUGGCAUGUGUAAGGAGAACAUCUGGGAUGGGGUGACCACCAAGACGUUCUGCGGCACUCCAGACUACAUUGCCCCUGAGAUAAUUGCUUAUCAGCCAUACGGGAAGUCAGUGGACUGGUGGGCAUUUGGAGUCCUGCUGUAUGAAAUGCUGGCUGGUCAGGCACCCUUUGAAGGGGAGGAUGAGGAUGAACUCUUCCAGUCCAUCAUGGAACACAAUGUGGCUUAUCCUAAGUCCAUGUCCAAGGAAGCGGUGGCCAUCUGCAAAGGGCUGAUGACCAAACACCCAGGCAAACGUCUGGGUUGUGGACCUGAAGGUGAACGUGACAUCAAAGAGCAUGCAUUCUUCAGGUACAUCGAUUGGGAGAAACUUGAACGCAAAGAGAUCCAGCCUCCGUAUAAGCCAAAAUCUAGAGACAAGCGAGACACCUCCAACUUCGACAAAGAGUUCACCAGACAGCCUGUGGAACUCACGCCUACUGACAAACUCUUCAUCAUGAACUUGGACCAAAAUGAAUUUGCUGGCUUCUCCUAUACUAACCCAGAGUUUGUCAUUAACGUGUAGGUAAAUGCACACUCCUUUGCUGAGCCUGGAGGGUAAGACUUCAGGCCAAGUGUAUGUAUCGAUUCUAGUCUUCCAGGAUUCAUGGUGCACAUGCUGGCAUUCCACAUGUAAAGAGCUUGUCCUAGAGGACCUUUCUUUGUAUGUGUAGCUUGCUAGUUUGUUUUCUACAUUUGAAAAAUGUUUAGUUUAGAGUAAGCGCUUUAUCCAAGUAUAGACGAACAAUUUCCUGAACUUCCAGAAACUCAUUGAAUGAACAGACGCUAUCAAAACUACUGUCUGAUCCCAAAAUGCUUCAGUAUUUGUAAUUUUUAAAGUCAGAAGCUGAUGUUCCUAGUAAAAGUUUUUACAGUUAUUCUACAAUAUCUUUGAAUGCUAAGCAUGACUGGUAUUUUUAAACAUUGUGAGUAAGCUUUGCAGUUACUGUGACCUGUUGUCUCUCAGAAGAAAUUUUUUGCUUAAGAAUUGAUAUGAUUAAACUGAGUAAAUAUAUGCAAA